AUGAACCUUAACAACAUCAGUUCGGGCAAACAGUACAACAAUGUGGGGGGUGGGAGCCAGUACAACGCGGAGAAUAUCACGAUACAUCAUGCAGCAAAUGACUCUGGCGACAAAGACAGACAGUUUCUCAUCGAUCUGAAGCUCAGCGACCCGCGUCUAGACAAAGAACGAAUCGAGCGCACAAAGGGCGGCCUACUGAAGGACUCAUACGUCUGGAUCCUCAAUAACGAGGACUUCCAAAGAUGGCGAGCUGACUUUCGGAAUCAACUGCUCUGGAUAAGAGGGGAUCCCGGGAAGGGGAAGACCAUGCUCCUCUGCGGCAUCGUAAACGAGUUGGACAAAGAGAAAUCGACCCACCAGCCUAUUUACUUCUUCUGCCAAGCGACUGACUCCAACCUUAAUACUGCCUCUGCCGUUCUGCGCGGAAUUUUGUACCUCAUGCUCAAGAAAAAGCCCCAGCUUAUCAAAGACUUGCGCAAAACCCACGACUACGGCGAAAGACAAUUAUUUGAGGGCAGCAACGGGUGGAACACUCUAUGCGACAUGGUCAUUAGCGUUCUUGCACACGAAAGUUUUCAGAAUACUGUCAUCGUCAUAGAUGCACUGGAUGAAUGCAAAACGGGCGUUGAUGACCUCCUCGAUUUCAUUCACAUUCUAUCUUCGAAAGCCGUCAGGAUCAUUAUUUCCAGUCGUAACUGGCCGAGGAUCGAGCGCGGUGUAGCAGCUGCCGCGCAACGUGCAGCUCAUGUGUCCUUGGAGCUGAAUGAAGACUCAAUAUCAGCCGCUGUGGUGGCCUUCAUCGAGCACAAAGUCAGCCAGUUAGCGCAAAAGCAUGAGUAUUCCGACACAAAGCGGGAUUUGGUCUACAACACUCUGCUUGCGGAUAACAAUAUCAACGAUUGGGAAGUGGAAUCGAAGUUAGCCGAGUUUCCUCCAGGAUUGGACGUGCUCUAUACUCGGAUGUUGCAUCACGCCCUGAGCUCGACCAACGUCGAUCUGAAUUGA